AUGGUCGCCGACAUGCAGGGCCUUCUCCAGGCCGUCGCCGGAAACACUACGACGACUCGUCUCGCCAAGCGCAUCGAUUGGUAUUCCCUGAGCGAAAGGCACCCAAUUACCUGGGCCUUGUGCUACGCGUUCUUCCAGUGUAUCUCUGGCACGGCCUGUUCGGUGAACAUUGGCGCUGGCAAGGUGCCCCGCAGCCGCUGCGAGGAGCGUGGCAGUCAGACUUGCUGCAUGAGCUGGUCUUCAUACGAUCUCCGGUUCGGUUUCCUCCACACCACUUUUGUGAACUGUAAUCCCAAGGUGGCCGAAGCCCCUCCCAAUGGCAAACGAGCGGUUAGACGAUAUUCCUGCCAGGGGCAUGGUGAUAGAUAUGAGCGGGGCGAUGUCUGCUUUAGUAGCCGUGCUAAUGGUUGUACUUGA